AUGACAGAAGGUUUAAAGGUUAUUGAUAGAUCAUUACAUAAUAUUAGAGAAGCUGUCAAGUAUGUGAGGGCUACACAAGGGAGGAGACUAAAAUUUGCCGAAUGUAUAUCGCAGUUGUGCUUAAAGGCCAGUAAAAAGGCAAGGGAUACUGAGGAUGAGGCUAUUAGUUCUGUGGCUAAGGCAAUGCUCAAAAAGUUUGAAAAAUAUUGGAAGUGUUAUAGUGUUGUCUUAUCAUUUGCUGUUAUAUUAGAUCCUUGCUAUAAGUUACACUUGUUAGAGUUUUGUUACUCAAAGUUGGACAUGGAUGAUCAUGUGGAAUUUGUACGGGGCAUUCGAGAAAAACUCUAUACACUUUUUGAUGAAUAUGUGACUUCUAUGUCUAGAGAUGAUCGUUUUACUUCUUCAACUAGUCGAGGUAACAUUUCAGUUGAGGGCAUCGAUGAGAACAUUGGGGAUGACAUUGAUGAGUAUGAUGCAUUUGAGAGUGAACACUUUGGAUCACAAUCUACUAAGUCACAAUUGGAUUUGUAUUUGGAGAAGAAUAGGCUUGAUAGAAAGAAGUUCCCGGAUCUCAAUGUCCUUGAUUAUUGGAAGACUCAUUCUCAUCGGUAUCCCGAGUUAUCCCUCAUGGCACGUGAUAUAUUGAGCAUUCCUAUCACUACCGUUGCCUCAAAAUCAGCCUUCAGCAUUGGAGGACGCAUUUUAAAUAAAUAUCGUAGUUCCCUUUCCCCUGAAAGCGUAGAGGCUGAGCUGUGCACUAGAAAUUGGUUAUUUGGAGUUCCGCCUGAGGAAGAUUUGGAUGAGAAGUCUCUCGUCAUUGACUUUCAAGACUAUUUGCAUUAG